AUGGAGGCUCAGGAUGAGGAAGAGGACGACAAUGGUCCUCCACCUGCGCAGCAGCCUACGUUCGCUGCUUCGCAGGCAUCAACAUCUGCAAAGGGCGCGGCAGCAGCAGCUCAACGGGACAACGUGUCGGACGACGAGGAAGAGGGCCCGUUGGAUGCUACCCCGCCCCCUCAAACACUACCAGCUUCGCAGCCGGCAGCGUCGCAGGCGCCGAAGGAGGAACGCAAGGGCCCGCGCGCACGUCUCGUCAUUCACAAGCUCACGCUCGUCAACUUCAAGAGCUAUGCGGGGAAGCAGGUCAUCGGUCCUUUCCACAAGUCGUUCUCAGCUAUCGUCGGCCCCAAUGGCUCGGGCAAGUCCAACACGAUCGACGCCCUCCUGUUCGUCUUUGGGUACCGCGCCACCAAGAUGCGCCAGGCCAAGCUCUCCGAACUCAUUCACAACUCCGCCCGCCACCCCGACCUCGAGGAGUGCUCCGUCGAGGUGCACUUCCAGGACAUCAUCGACGAGCCAGGCGACGAGAAGUUCGAGGUCGUCCCCGGCUCCGACCUCCGCGUCGCGCGCCACGCGAACCGCCAGAAUGCCAGCCGCUACACCAUCAACGAGCGCCUGAGCAACUACACCGAGGUGCAGAAGCUCCUCAAGGGCCGCGGUAUCGACCUCGACCACAAGCGGUUCCUCAUCCUGCAGGGCGAGGUCGAGAGCAUCGCCCAGAUGAAGCCCAAGGCGACGAACGAGCACGAGGAGGGGCUGCUGGAAUACCUGGAGGACAUCAUUGGCACGUCGCAGUAUGUGGAGCAGAUUGAGAAGGCGCAGGCUGAGAUGGAGCAGCUCACGGAGGAGAAGGCGGAGAUGAUGACGAAGCUGAGGCGCGCGGAGAAGGAGAAGGACGGGCUGUCGAAGGAGAAGGAGGAGGCGGACAGCUAUCUGAGGCUCUGCAAUGAGCGCACGCAGGCGCGCUCCGCCAAGGUUGAGGCGAAGCUCGCGUCCGAGAAGGAGAAGAACAAAGACGACAUCGAGCACUUUGAGCAACUCCAGGCGCAUUACAACGACAAAGAAGCCGCGUUCAAGGAACUCAAAACUGCCGUGGACACUGCAACGAAGGAGCUUGCGGAAAACGAGAAGGAGCAAGUUACUCUACAGGAGCGAUACAAGGGCGUCGACAAGAAGAUGAAGAAGCUCAAGAAGGACGUUCAGGAGGCGACGAAGCAGCGUAACAACGCGAAGAACACGAUCGACGAGUCGACCGAGAAGCGCGAGAAGAAUCAGGCGGAGCUCGAGAAGCAGGAGCAGCGAAUGACCGACGAACACGCCGUGCUCAUGGAAAUGCAGACCAAGCUCUCUGGCAAGACGCAGAAGUUCACCGUCGAGAUUGAGAAGCGGCAGAAGGAGCUGGCGCCCUGGACCGAGAAGAUCAACGACAAGCAGGCUGAGAUCAAUGUCGCUACGAGCGAGCGCGAUGCCCUCAUGAAGAAAGCUCAAGACCACGAGGAGGCACUGCGUGCCGCCGAGGAAAACCUCAAGGAGCUACGUUCCGAUCAGAAAGUGAAGUCGGACGGCCUCAAUGAGACGAAGGCGAAGAGGGCUUCCGUUGACGAUGACAUCCGGGAGGCGAGCAUGCGCGUGGAGGCUGCACGUACCGCUGUGGAAGAUUGUCGUCGCAAGGCCUCAGCCGCUAGGCAACGCCUCGAUGAGGUGCGGGCGUCCCAAGCGGAGAGCAAGAGUCAGGGCAAUGUCGUCGACGCUCUCAAUCGCAUCCAGGCUGAGGGGCGUAUCAGCGGCUUCCAUGGCAAACUUGGCACUUUGGGUACGAUCCCCGACAAGUACGACGUGGCGAUCACGACUGCAUGCCCUGGCUUGCAGAAUCUCGUCGUCGACGACUUGAACAAUGGUCAGCUCUGUACGGACUACAUGCGCAGGAACAACGUGGGCCGCGCGACCUUCCUCAUCCUCGAGAAGCUAAGAAACAACAUUCCGGAUCGCGCGCCGACUCCUGAGAACGUGCCCCGUCUGUUCGACCUCGUCAAGCCCAAGGACCCGCGCUUCCGGCCAGCCUUUUGGAGCGUCAUUCGCGAGACGCUCGUCGCUGAGAACCUAGAGCAGGCCAACCGCAUCGCCUACGGGUCGGAGAAGCGCUACAAGGUCGUCACUCUCGCCGGUCAGCUCAUCGAGCCGUCGGGUGUCAUGUCCGGUGGUGGAAGCCGCCCUCAGUCUGGCGGUAUGAGCUCCAAGCUUACCAACACGGUGUCGCCGCAGCAGGUGCGCGACCUCGACAACCAGCACCAGAAGGCGCAGGAGAAGCUGCGUCUGGCGACCGAUGAGCUGGAGGCUGCUGAGCAGGAGCUGGAUCGCUUGAAGCGCUCCGCCCCUGAGCUGUCUGUAACCUGCGACAAGCUCGAGAUGGACCUACAGAACAGCAAGAAGCUCAUUCAGGAGGCGGAGAAACGCGUCUCGGAUCUGAAGGCUGCGUCGCAGAGGCCCAACACGAGCGACAAAGCGCGCAUUGCUUCCCUGGAGGCCACUAUAACCUCAGCUACGCGCGCUCUGGAGAAGCUCGAAGCUGAGGCGGGCAAGAUCCAGUCCGUCAUCAAUGACCUCGAGCAGAAGAUCCUCGACGUCGGCGGCUCCGAGCUGCGCGCGCAGAAGUCCAAAAUCGACGGUAUCAAGGAGUUCAUCAAGAUCGCCACCGACGCCAUUACGAAGGCGGAGGUCGACAAGGCUAAGGCCGAGCGCGACCUCGUCAAGUACGGCGAGGUCAUUGACAAGGCUGGCGAGGAGCAGGCUCAGCUUCAGGCCGACGCCGAGGAGCUUCAGAAGGCGCUCUCUGAGAUGGAGGAGUACGUUGAUUCUGUGCGCGAUCGUCUCAAUCAGGUUCGCCAGAAGGCCGAGAAGGAGGAAGAUAUCCUGGGGCAGCUGAAGACGGAGGUGGACGAGCAGGAGGAGAAAGUCCAGUCCUUCCGGAAGAAGGAGGCGCAGCUCAAGCGCAAGCUCGAGGAGCUUGCUCAGACAAAGCGGGAGUGUGAGGCCAAGAGUGAGCAGAUUGCUGAGGAGGAGGGCGAACUGGAGGACGAGGAUGAUGAGGACGAGGACGAAGAUGAUGAGGGUGAGGAUGGACAGGCUAUGGACGUAGACGGUAACGCGCCUGGUGCAUCUGCGGCUCCCGCUGAAGCGGACGAUCCCCCCCGCAAAUCCACUCCAGACUACAAAGUCGACCAACGUGGCAUGCGAGUCUGGCAGGAAGACGAAGUGCGGCGCCUAAACAAGAACGAAUUGCUUGCUGACUACGAAGUGCUCGACGAACGGAUCAAGGCUGCUCGCCCGAAUCUGACUGUCCUCGAAGAGUACAAGAAGGUCAAGCGCAAAUUCAUGGAGCGUCUGGAGGAGUACAACGACGUGUACGCCCGCCGCGAUGCGAAGAAGGCCGAGUUCGACGACCUGCGCAAGCGGCGGCUCACCGAGUUCGCGACCGGCUUCAACCAAAUCUCACUCAAGCUGAAGGAGAUGUAUCAGUUGAUCACCAUCGGCGGGAACGCGGAGCUGGAGUACCACGAUAGCUUGGACCCGUUCUCGGAAGGCAUCGACUUCAGCGUGAUGCCCCCCAAGAAGAGCUGGAAGAACAUCGGCAACCUCUCGGGCGGCGAGAAGACGCUGAGCUCGCUCGCGCUCGUCUUCGCUCUGCAUGUAUACAAGCCAACGCCUCUGUACUUCAUGGACGAGAUCGACGCCGCGCUGGACUUCCGCAACGUGUCCAUCAUCGCGAAUUACAUCAAGGACCGGACGGAAAACGCGCAGUUCAUCAUCAUCUCACUUCGAAACGACAUGUUCGAACUGAGCAACCGGCUGAUUGGCAUCUACAAGACGUCGAACGAGACGCACAGUAUCGCUGUCGACAACGACGCGCUGAUGGCGAGGGCGCAGGCUGCCCGGGACGCAGCAGCCGCAUCCGCCUCGCCUCGGAAGACGGCAGCCUCCCCGGCGAAGGGGACACCUCGGCGUCAGCUAGCUUCCUCCGCGGCGAACUCGCCGCGCAGCCCCGCCGUUCGCGCACGAUAG